AUGGCUGUCAAUUUGACGGGUCGCCCAUCAGCAUCGGCCGAGGACAAUCGCGAUAUCCCCAGGGUAGACGCUGUUCUUACAGAGGAACGAAAUUCUCAGGUGUCGUUGCAGCGUCCGUCAAGGUCGAAUGCCAGUCAAACGAGGCAAAGGAAUAAACCUGAUUCCGAAUCAGUCGACUUUCAGGCUACCCUCCGUCGCGUUCUUGAAUUACUGCCCGAUGAGUUGCGUAUUCGAGACUUGCUAAGGCCUCUUCAGGGCUUUGGCGAAGAACGAAUCCUGGAACUCGGUCUGCGAACACGCUCAUUCAAGUCGCUUCUAGAGCCAUGGAAAGCCCUUCAUCUGAUAUCCCGAGACGAGCAGCAUUAUGUGCGCGAUAAUGUCAUCCAAUAUCUGCGAAAACACCCGGAGAUCAUCGACAGUCUCGACCUUCCUCUGUCCCAGGUUAUCCGGUCCUACGAGGCAUAUCGCUCUUUAAUCACCGGCCUCUCGUCUCUAUUAUUUCCCUGGACGGCCCCCUACUACUCCGACCAUAUGACUCUGCACGCACAGCUCUAUGGCGGCAGUCGUGGAAUCGUCUUCACGGCAGGGGACCAUCACGCUCCAUUCCUGAUGACUUCCAUCCCAGCCCUCCGACAGCUCGGAUGCAACCUCCCGAUCGAAAUCAUGUAUCUCGGGGAUUCGGAUCUCAGCGAAGACACUCGCGCACUGCUUGAAUCUCUCCCGAAUGUCGUCGCCAGAGAUCUCCAUCAGAUGGUGAACGACGCCGGUUGGACAUUGACCGGGUGGGCGGGAAAGCCAUUUGCCAUUCUUCUUUCGAGUUUCCGCGAGGCGAUUUUCAUCGAUGCGGACUCGCUGUUUUUCCAGAAUCCUGAGGUCUUGUUCCGUGAUCCCUCGUAUGUAGACACUGGUGCUCUGUUUUUCAAGGAUCGCUUGAUGAUGCCGGAGUCCAAGAAGCAUUGGUUGCAGCGGAUCCUGCCUCGGCCAAUCUCGAAGCAUGUUACUCAGAGUCGAUUCUGGACCGGAGAGAGCGGCCACAUGCAGGAGUCGGGGGUUGUGGUCGUUGAUAAGUGGAAGCAUUUUGUGUCGCUUUUGCUGGUGACCAGGUUGAAUGGGCCGGAUCGAGAUUCUAGCCCUGUUUAUGGUCGAGGUGUUUACGACAUGGUUUAUGGCGACAAGGAAACCUUUUGGCUGGGCUGGGAACUCGCCGGCGACACAGAAUAUGAAUUCCACGACGGGCAUGCCGGCAUCAUGGGAAGCAUCGAACCACCUUCACCAUCUGCGACAGUCAAUUCCACCGACGACAGUCCCCCGUCCAACUACACCAUCUGCGGUCCUCAGCUUCUACACUUCGAUCGCCGCGGCAAACCUCUCUGGUUCAAUGGCUGGCUGGCGUCUAAUAAGUUUGCGGACUGGGAACACCAGCAACCUAGUAACUUCUCUGCAUAUCUGCAUGAACCGCGUACGAUGCGCGACCCUGGGGCCUGGCAGUUGCAUGGGGAUAACAUUUGCUGUUUGACGUCGGAGCAUGUGUUUGAAUUUAGUAGGGGCGAGGCCGAUGCGCUGGAGAUGAUGGUUGACUUUGGUAGAAGGGCCGGGGCGCUGGGGAGACUGGAUGGGAUGAACAGUUCGAUAUGA